AUGCCGUGCCGGAAGGAAGAGGAAGGGGAAGCCGACGAGGAAGCGGAGGGGGAGGAAGAGGAGGAGGACGACAGCUUCCUCCUGCUGGAGCAGUCGGUGACGCUGGGCGGAUCGGGCGAGGUGGACCGGCUGGUGGCUCAGAUCGGCGAGGCGCUGCAGCUGGACACGGCGCGGGACAGCCCGGCCUCCCCGUGCGCGCCUCCCGGGCCGCCUCUGCAGUCCCCCCGGCGCCCCGCACCGGUGCCAGUGGACAAGGCCCGGCCCCGGGCUCUGUCUCUGCUUCGGCCGCCCUCCGAGACAGCAGGCCCGGGAGCCCUGCGCUGCACCCUCGGGGACCGCGGCCGCGUGCGGGACCGGGCUGCGCCCUACUGUGUGGCCGAACUCGCAGCCGGCCCCACGGCGCUGUCCCCCCAGCCUGGCUUUGAUGGGCCUCCGGGAUCCUGCAAGCCCGGAGCCCCGCGGCCGCUAUUCGGCCCGUGCCGACGAGGAUGGCUCCGAGGUGCCGCGGCCUCCCGCCGCCUCCAGCAGCGUCGCGGGCCGGAGUCCGAAGCCCUCACCAGCGACGACGACCCGCAGCGGCUCCUGCAACAGCUCGUGCUCUCGGGGAACCUCAUCAAGGAGGCAGUGCGGAGGCUCCACUCGCGACGGCUGCAUUUCCACUCAAAGCUUCCCCAGUGCCCGCUCCUGGGACCUGUGUCUGCGGCCCACGCUCAUAAGCCCCCUUCUCCUCUCAGCCCUCGCGCGGCCUCUAAUGACCCUGGCGCGCCCAGGAGGAGCGCACAGCUCACAGCUCCCGACUGCGUGCUCAUCCCAGGCAGCUAA